AUGCUUACGGCGCUCAGAAUCAACCGCGGUCGCGUGCGCAGGGCCAAAAGUUAUACCCAUAGCACCAUCCCGCCUCACACCGCUGCCAACCCUCCUCAUUUACGCCCUACGACAUCUGAGUACUCGUCCUCAGGCUCUCAGUUACUCUCGAAGGGGACAUGGGCGCGGUCUCUGUCUACCUCCCCGCUUUCUCACUCGGCAUUCAAUACCGCGCGACGAAUGGCCCAAGACCCUGAACCGGAAGGAGACCCGGAGAAAGACGCACAUCCAGAGCACGCUGUGAUCAGUACUUUUGACUUGUUCAGCAUCGGCGUCGGGCCCUCCUCAUCCCACACGGUAGGAGUUAUGCGUGCAGGUUUCAUAUACAUCAACGACAUCGCAGAGCUUGGUCUUCUAGACAAGGUCCAGAGCAUUAAGAUCACUCUGUAUGGCUCUUUGGCCGCUACAGGCAAAGGGCAUCAUACUCCGCAGGCUGUUCUCCUUGGAUUAGAGGGUUCAGACCCCGAAACGAUUGACACCGGCACCAUACCCUCCCGUUAUGACGCUAUACUAGCAAACAAACAGCUCCUACUGGGAGGUCACCACCGUAUAUCAUAUGAUCACGACCGCGACAUGCUCUGGAGGUGGGAUCAUGUCCUGCCGACUCAUCCAAACGGAAUGCGUUUUGCCUGUUUCGGCGCUGACGGUGAACUACUCGCCGUGAACGAGUACUUUAGCGUUGGUGGUGGUUUUGUUGUGAACGAGAAGACCAAAGUCGAUGAGAAUCUAUUCUAUAAAGGCGUUGACAAGGCUCUCGUCCCCUCUUCGCGACUACAGCAACACUCAUUGACAGAACCUACUCAUGUGCAUGAGGGCUCCCGUAGCGAUGUGUUUGCUCGCGACGAGAGCCUGCCUCCUUACGUGUUCAAAACAGGCGCUGACCUUCUUGCACUCACUCGCAAGCACAAUAUGACAAUCAGCCAGAUUGUGUUCGACAACGAGCGUAGCUUCGGAUAUAGCGACGAAGAUAUACAAGAUAAGCUGCGACGCAUCUGGUCGGUUAUGGACGACUGCAUCCGGACUGGCGUGCAUGCACCAGAUAGCGCACUGCCUGGUCGCCUCGGUCUGCGCCGACGCGCACCGAUGCUCUACCGACGCCUCAUGCGCGGCUUUUAUCCUGGACUGUCGAUGCCACGUGGAGCACCAGCCAUCGCUGCGGGGGAAGGAACCGCCGGCGUCGUUGAUGCGCCCCAGCUAGGUUCUGUCGAAGCUCCUGAUCGAGCUCGGCUCCAGGCGCGGCGUGAAUGGGAGAUGAAGGACCGCGAGCGGAUGGGUCCUCCUGCACAGCGCGCACGCGCCACGCGGGUUGUAGGCCAGUUCGAUCAUCCUAUACUUCCGGAGCCACCGAGAAAAACGAUGAUACCUGCGGUGGACUUCUUGUCGUGCUAUGCAAUUGCAGUCAACGAGGUGAACGCGAGCGGCGGGCGUAUCGUCACGAGUCCUACAAAUGGAGCGGCGGGCGUCAUCCCGGCUGUGCUCAAAUAUAUCAUUGAGUUUGUCAGCGAUGAUCCAGAGAAAAGCGUCAUGACGUUCCUCUUGACUGCUUCGGCGGUUGGUAUGUUGUUCAAGCGCGGCAGUACCAUAUCUGCUGCCGAAGGUGGGUGUCAAGCAGAAGUUGGUGUGGCAUGUUCAAUGGCAAGCGCCGGAUUUGCGGCCUGCAUGGGUGCUAGUCCGGAGACGGUGCUUCAAGCCGCCGAAAUUGGUAUCGAACACAACCUCGGCUUGACGUGCGAUCCCAUCGACGGUCUCGUCCAGGUUCCCUGCAUCGAGCGCAAUAGCCUCGGAGCAGUAAAGGCUGUGACCGCCGCGCAACUCAGCAUGGCUGCGGAUGGAGUAUACUCCGUCACAUUGGACGAAGCUAUCGCUGCGAUGAAACUCACUGCUCAGGAUAUGAGUGUUAAGUAUAAGGAGACGAGUCUUUCCGGUCUUGCCACUACCGUCAAGAUCCCUUUGACAGUUCCCGCUUGCUGA